CUUGUCAUGGUGCACUUCCCUGUUGCUGGGCUUUCUGAGUGCCUCCUGUCAUCGCUCUUGAAGUCUUUUUAUUCUGCGCUCCUGCAGACAGAUCGGUGGACUUAUUUACCUGCACAUCUCAAUGAGGGAGGAGUGUUUGCUGUCGUUGGUGCUGCCCACCAUCCUGCUGCUGCUCUGCCUGCAGAGGAGGCAGUCAGACAGUUCUGAGGGUGAGAGCAACAGACGCACAAUGGCUCAGCUCGCAUGGAUUCAAGGGUUUUUAUUAAUGAUCCUGCAGCUCACAGUCACUGCAGAUGAAAGAUCAGUUUUAACGAGAGCUGGAGAUGAAGUCACAUUGUCAUGUUCAACAGUGAUCAAAGGUCAACAGAAGUGUAACGGUACUGCAUGGACCUUCUCUGGUUCAGGAAACAGAGCAGCAGUAGAGCUGGUUAUUCUGGGUCAGAUUAAUCAGAAUAACAACAUUAAAGCAGACAGACUGAAACUACCAGCAAAAUGUUCUCUGGUUAUAAAGAAGGUCAGAGAGGAACAUGUUGGACGUUAUUACUGUCAACAAUGGAAACGAGAAGAUCAUCGUACACACACUCUGGUUCAUACCUCCACUGUAGCUCUGUCUGUUCUUCACAUGACUGAACAGAAGGAGAAUCAGAGGGUGACAUUAAGCUGCUCUGUGGUGACCUCUGACCCCUGUAGAUACAAAGUGAAGUGGGUUUAUCAAGAUGUGGACAACAGCCAAACUCCAGCAGAGACUGGCUGCUCUGCUACUUCCCCUUUAUUAUCAGGGUCUAAGUUACCUCAGUGUAAUGUGACUCAUAGUUCUACUAAUGAAAAGUUUACCUUCAGUUUUCAGUCCUCAGAGAUAUCAGGAGGAAAAGUUCAACCAACAACAAAACCUGGAAACAAAAACUCAAAGACAACCAGACCAAAAACGGACAAUGUUCCACCAACCUUUCAAGAUUCUCAAUUUUUUGCGGAGUAA